AUGGGAUAAAAAAUAUCAAAAAAUAAAGUAGUCAUAUUAUCCUCAUUAGGAGUGAUAGGUUUUUGGUAAGUCCUUAUUGAAUAUUUCAUAGCGCCUACUAUAAAAUGAGCUCUAAAGAGAAACAAAGCUUAGAGAAAUUAUAUUGGAAGCAUGAUUUAGAUCAAUAUUUGGACACAAACGAUCGAUCUAUAGAUUAAAAAUUACAAAUUAGCCAUGAUAUCGAAAUUAGAUAUAAUGAAGAUCAUUUUUUAGAGGCUAAUUGCAUAGUGGAGAUCUAUGCCAAUUAGUUAGAAAUAGCAGGAGAAGACUAUGUUAAAUUGAGUAAGCUCAAUCGAGUUCAGAGGAGGAGACUACGAAAAUAAAAACAAGAAUUUUAUGUUGAUAGUAUUAUCUAAUUCAUCAUGAAUGUUGAAGAUGUCUUAGAUUAAGCAUUAAAAAGACUACUUUAUGAAUUAGAUGUACCCAAAGAGAUAUUUGAGGAGAGUGUACUUGUGAGAAUGGAUCAGGGAUAUUUUCAGCAGUUGUAUAUGUUGUAAGCAAGUGUAAAACAAAAACUAAAAGAGAAAAUUGAAUCAACUAAGAAAUUGAAUUUAAAAUAAACGAAGGAAAUUAUUCAAUUUAGUGUAAACAUUCUAAGGAAUUUCUCUUAAGAUUAUCAAGACAUUUUACAUCGAAUUGUAUACUUACAGAAUAUAGUCAUAGCCCUCAGAAAAUGUAAUGUUGAUACCAACUAUUAUCAACAUAAUAAUACAAGAUUUGAUUUAUGCUAAAUUUGGAGUUGAAGAAGAGGAUCAAAUUGCAAGUCUCAGAAAUGCUUAAGGUGAUUAAGAAAUUCUCAAUCUUCUAAACAAAGUGGAAAUUGAAAUGAGUAGACUCUUGUAAGAAUAAGGUAUUAGAUUGAAUGACAUCCCUGAGAGUUUAGAAAAUUUUGUUUGA